UGCUGUCUUUUAAUGGAGGAAAGAGAAAAACGGACUUCUCUAUUCCUCUCUCUUUUCUAUCUUCCUUUCUCUCUUCCAACUCCUUUUUCCAUAUCUAAAUCUCCUUUCUUCUCUUGUUCUUCAUUUUUUUUCUCCAACAAUCGACAAAGAAAAAUUGCAGCCUUCCAAUUCAAAUCCGAUGACGCUCCAAAUUCUUCUUCUCUCAAGCUGCUCCUUCCUUCUGUUCUUUCUUUUCACGGCCUCACAAUAGAUGACGCUCCAUAUUGUCAAAGAGGGGACAGAUUUAGUCACGAGUUUUAUCAUGGUGGUAGUGGGUGGUAAUCGACACCAGUUCCGAGAAAGAAGAGUUAGAAGACAAUGAAGGGAGAGAAGAAAGUAGUAAUUGUAUGUAUAUAUUGAGAUACUAUACCAUAUGGUAAUGUGUGGUAACGAAAUGUAUUUUUAUGAAUAUCAUGUUUUACUAUGGUCAUAGAGGGUUGUACCUUCUCAUACCAUGUGGUAUUAUAUGAUAAUUUUAAUUAAUUUGUGGUC